AUGGAAGGGAUUCUAGUUAUGCAACCGAUGCUCAGCACUUUCCCAUUGAGAAAACUACCGUUUGUCGCAUUGAAACAUGCGAUUAAAGUCAUGGAGAUUGAUGAAAUUGUAAAAAUCGCAAUUACCUCGAAAUAUAUGGAGUCCAUUGUGAAAUUCUGUUGUAUUCGAAUUAGAGGGACUAUAGUUAGUCUCGACGGAGAGUUCACGUAUGUUGGUUUGUAUUACCCGGAAGUGAUACUUUUCUGUUGUACCAAGACUUUCAACCAUCCCAGUGCACCAAAAUUGACAAAGGAGGAUUUGGAACCUUGGCUCUCCGAAACUUCGACAACCCUCGAAAAUACACGUCAGCUUUUCACUCGAAUUUACAAAUUGUUCCAAUGUGGCCCGUACAGAUUGAUGAUAAACUCGUCCACUGAAAAUAUCAAGGAAAUUCUGGAAAUUCCAGAAUUCCGAAACUUUACAGUUUUGUUUUUGGUUGGGGGACAUUUUAAGAAGGAACAGUUGGAUGAAGUGUUGGAAUUUGAGAGAGAAGAUCAAGAUUUGCACAUUCUUAAAAGUGAAAUCCCAGAAGAUUAUUAUCAUCCAAAUCUCUUCAAGUACGCCGGUGUUCAUUAUUGUGAUGCUCGUUGGAUCCGUCUGGAACAUCUUCUUUCGAUUAAAAACAACGAUGUAAUUACACUAGGAAAGAACAAUUUAACCAUCCCUGACCUCAACAAAUUUCUCCAUCACUGGAUGAAUUCGGAAUAUGAUUUAUUCAAUUGGAUGACCAUAGAUAUUGAAAAAGGACCAUCAAUUCCUCUCGAUGUUUUGUUCAGUGAGAUUACUGUAUUAAGAGGGUAUCGGUUUGGAAAAUGGCGCAGACUAAUCUCAGUCAAUUCACCUAAGACUCGAAAUCGGCAAAUAAUGAGUAUAGUUUGGACAGAUUCGCGUAUAGACAUGAGUACCUGGUCUAUUCAUGAACGUCCCAAACAAGGGGAUCGUGAUGAUGAACCGUAUGCUUCAGAAUUCGAAGUUCUACAAUUGCUGAAACAGAGAAGAGUUUUAAAUUCGAAAUUGAAUAUAAUGGAAGAGGAUUCUCUAGAAAAACAGGAAAUCACUAAAAAGAUAGAUGGAACAAGACAACAACUUCAAUUGAAAGGAGUGGAAUUUAAUAACGGAUGGCCUUUUCUACGCGGCAUUGACGCAUCAAGUAGAGUGCUGGCCUAA